AUGUUUUUUCGAUGUUUUCUUUUCAUAUCUCUCUUCUUCGACAGCAUCUUUCUGUUUCCGUAUCUCUUCUUCUUCUUCUUCUUCGUCGUCAAUUGUUUAUCUUCUUCCUUUUUCUCCUCCUCCUCCUCCUCAUCUUCUUAUUACUAUUCAUUCCAAACUUUCUUCUUCUAUUCCUAUUCUUCUUCUCCAACUACACCACCUCGUCUAUUCUUCUUCGCUCCAAUUCUCCUCCUCAUUCUCACCGUCCCCUAUUUUACUUCCGUUUCUCUCUCUCUUCCUUAUUGCGCUCAGACGACUUCUUCGUCUUUUCUCCUUUCUAUUUUUCUUCUCCUCCUCCGGCUCAUCUCUUUCCCCUGUUUUUCUUUCUCACCCCACUCUUCUUCUUCUUCUUCUUCUUCUUCUCUCAUUCCCUUCCUACUCCUCACUAUCUCUUGUUUUUCUUUUCUCUCUCCUAUUUUUCUUUUCCACCCGCUCAUCAUCAUCAUCAUCAUCUUCUUCUCCUUCUUCUUCUUCUUCUUCUUCCCUGCACUUUUCCACCUCCUCUUCCCUCUUCUAAAAUUUCUUCUUCUUCUUCUUCUUCUUCUUCUUCUUCUUCUUCUUCUUCUUCUUCUUCCCUGCAUUUUUCCUCCUCCUCUUCCCUCUUCUAAAAUUUCUUCUUCUUCUUCUUCUUCUUCUUCUUCUUCUUCUUCUUCUUCUUCUUCUUCUUCUUCUCACUUCCCUAUUCCUUUCCUUUUUCUGCUGUACAUCUCCCAUUCUUUUCCUUUUUUUCUCCCUGCACUUUUCCUCCUACUCCUCCCUCUUCUAAAAUUUCUUCUUCUUCUUCUUCUUCUCACCUCCCUAUUCCUUUCCUUUUUCUGCUGUACAUCUCCCAUUCUUUUCCUUUUUCUCUCCCUGCACUUUUCCUCCUCCUCUUCCCUCUUCUAA